AGGAGACCUAGGAAAGCCUCUAAGACAACAUCAGCCAAUUCAUGAUUUUGCCAAGAGACGCAGAAGCCUGAUGUGAGGGUGUUCCAAAAGAAACACUCUAAUUCAAGCACAAAGGAAGUUCAAAUCAGGACUUCUUUCUAAGCAGCUCAACUGUGCAGUGAUUCAGGCCGCCUUCUGAAGAUACAGCCUCUUUAUGAGUGACGAAGAAGAAACAUCAGACACUACUUACUUAGAAGAUGAUACCUAUGAUGCAGGUGAUCCAAAGACAUUUGAUCUGAAUUUCAAAGGGCCUGUUGCCAAAAGGAGUUGUACAGAUGUUCUGUGCUGCAUAAUCUUCAUACUGUGCAUUAUUGGCUACAUUAUUUUAGGACUUUUGGCCUGGGUACAUGGCGACCCCAGGAGAGUGGCCUACCCUACAGACAGCAAGGGCCACUUUUGUGGCCAGAAGGGCACCCCCAAUGAGAACAAGACCAUAUUGUUUUACUUUAACUUAUUCAGCUGUACCAGUCCCUCCGUGGUGAUAAACCUACAGUGCCCUACCACACAGAUCUGUGUCUCCAAGUGCCCAGAAAAAUUUUUAACCUACAUGGAAAUACAAUUUACAUACAGAACAAACAAAAACUAUUGGACGUACUACAGCCAGUUCUGCAAGUCCACUUUUGUUAAGCCUGCAAAGACUCUCACACAAGUUUUACUGGAUGAUGAUUGUCCAAUAGCGAUUUUUCCAAGUAAACCAUUUCUCCAGAGAUGUUUCCCUGACUUCUCUACUAAAAAUGGCACUCUGACAGUAGGAAAUAAGACGACAUUUGAAGAUGGAAGUGGAAAGACAAGAAAUGCUAUAGAACUCAGGGCAGCUGCAAACCGUGUCAAUAAAAUACUUGAUGCAAGGACAAUUGGAAUGAAAAUAUUUGAAGACUAUGCAACAACUUGGUAUUGGAUUCUCCUUGGCCUGAUUAUCGCCAUGUUCCUUAGUUGGAUGUUUGUGAUACUCCUGAGAUACAUAGCUGGAUUACUCUUCUGGGUCUUCAUGGUGGGUGUGAUUGGAAUUAUAGGUUAUGGAAUAGGCCACUGUUACCAGGAAUACUGCAAUCUUCAGGGACAGCCAAAUUCUCAUCUAACUGUAUAUGACAUCGGGAUUCAGACUGAUAUAAGCAUGUACUUUCAACUGAAACAAACAUGGUUCACAUUUAUGGUAAUACUCUGCCUUCUUGAAGUGUUUAUCAUCCUCAUGCUGAUCUUCCUCAGGGAACGAAUCCGCAUCUCCAUUGCCCUGCUGAAGGAAGGGAGCAAAGCCAUUGGAUAUAUCCCUACUACAUUAGUUUAUCCACUUUUAACUUUCAUUUUCCUCUCCAUCUGUAUUUCCUACUGGGCGGUGAUAGCAGUUUACUUGGCUACAUCAGGGGUACCUGUAUACAAAGUCAUAACCCCAGAAGGGCAAUGUAAACAUGAAAAUACAACCUGUGACCCAGAGAUUUUUAAUACAACUGAAAUUGCCAAAGCUUGCCCUGGGGCUCAGUGUAACUUUGCUUUCUAUGGUGGAAAGAGCCUGUACCAUCAGUACAUCCCUACCUUCCAGAUAUUCAAUCUAUUUGUCUUUCUCUGGCUUAUAAACUUCGUCAUUGCACUGGGUCAGUGUGCCCUUGCUGGUGCCUUUGCUUCUUAUUACUGGGCCUUGAAAAAACCUGAUGAUAUCCCACCAUAUCCACUUUUUACUGCAUUUGGACGAGCCAUACGAUAUCACACAGGAUCCCUAGCAUUUGGAUCUUUAAUUCUUGCAUCAAUUCAAAUAUUUAGAAUAGUCUUAGAAUACUUAGACCGCCAUCUUAAAGAGGCCCAGAACAACAUUUCAAAAUUUCUACAAUGCUGCCUGAAAUGCUGUUUCUGGUGUUUGGAAACAGUGGUAAAGUUUUUGAACAGAAAUGCCUAUAUUAUGAUUGCAAUAUAUGGCAAAAACUUCUGCAAGUCAGCAAGAGAGGCUUUCAAUCUGCUGAUGAGAAAUGUUUUAAAAGUUGCAGUUAUGGAUAACGUUACAGACUUUGUACUAAUCCUGGGGAAAAUUCUAGUUACUGGAUGUAUAGGUGUGCUGGCCUUCUUACUCUUCACACAAAGAUUGCCAACGAUUAUAGAAGGACCAACAUCUUUAAAUUACUACUGGGUACCUUUGCUGACAGUCAUUAUUGGAUCUUACCUAGUUGCACAUGGGUUCUUCAGCGUCUAUGCAAUGUGUGUUGAUACAAUUUUCAUCUGCUUCUUGGAAGAUAUGGAAAGAAACGAUGGUUCUACUGAAAGGCCCUAUUACAUGAGUCAGUCUCUCCUGAAGAUUCUGAACGAGCCAAGUAUGCAAACUAAGAAGCCUUAGAAGUGCAAACUGUGGUCAUCGUGCAGCGGUGUGUUACCAAAUCUUCAUCUGCUGUGUCUGCACACAAUGCUAGCUUCAUAAGUGCUUUGUGUUGGGAACACUGUAUUCAUGACCUUGUUGGCUUUUAUUUGCAUGUUUAAUACCAAAGCUUAUACUGUAAUAUGUGAAGCCAUCUGAAGUCGCAAGGGAAUUGUUAAUAACAUGGUACAUUUUUAUACUAA